AUGGAUCCUCUCUACGCUAACUCUACCGGGUUUGUCCACUCUCCCGGUUUUGUUAACCUCUCAUCUUCACAGAAAACAACAGACGUAGAGUCUUCUCAGUUCCCUAGAUUUAGUAGUCAGAGCUCUAUAGGUCCUAAGCCACUGGAAAGGCGGAAGUGGACGGCAAAAGAAGACUUGGUGCUGAUCAGUGCUUGGUUGAACACCAGCAAGGAUCCGAUUGUCGGUAAUGAGCAGAAGGCAGGGGCCUUUUGGAAGAGAAUAGAGGUCUACGUUAACGCCAGCCCUCAGCUCGAUGGCUGUCCUCCUAGAGAGUCUAGUCAGUGUAAGCAGAGGUGGGGGAGAGUGAACGACUCGGUGGGGAAGUUUGUAGGAUCCUUUGAGGCUGCUUUGAAGAACAAAGCUAGUGGCCAAAACGAGAAUGAUGUAAUGAAGGCAGUGUAG